UGUCCAGAUGCUGCACACACUCUCGCUUUCCAUCUCUGCCUCGACGCUCACUCCCCUCCUUGUGUUGUUUCUCUCGUAAACACCGCCACACAACAAACUCACACUUACCCUCGCCCUCUCCAUCUCUCUCUAUAACCAUUUUUCUCUCUUCUUUCUCCUUUCUCUGCUUUUUCUCUUCUCCAUCACAUUUCAAUGGCCGCUUUCAACGUCUCUUCCAAAAUGACACCGCUCAAAUUCCACGCGGUCCCGACCUCCGAUCGUCUUUCCUGGUCGAAAAGCGUCUCCGACUUCUCCGCCGGGUUGCAUUCGCGGAGGAGAUGGGAGCGGAUGCAAGUGGCCGCCCUUCGAUCCAUGAAGAUCACGGAGCAUGAUCAGAUGCCUGAUCUCACUUCCCAGAACGGUCCUUUAACUUUUGAUACGGUGAAGACUCCUUUUGAACUUCAAUCUAGUGAUUCCACUCUGGGAAAUCAGAGGAUAAUGUCGAAUCCUCGACGGAAAACGAAGAUAGUAUGUACUAUUGGUCCCUCCACUAGUUCACGAGAAAUGAUAUGGAAACUGGCAGAAACUGGAAUGAACGUUACACGUUUGAAUAUGUCACAUGGGGACCAUGCAUCGCACAAGAAAACCAUUGAUCUGGUCAAAGAAUACAAUGCUCAAUUUGAAGACAAGGUUAUAGCCAUAAUGCUGGACACCAAGGGUCCUGAGGUCAGAAGUGGAGAUGUCCCUAAACCAAUCAUGCUUAAGGAGGGACAAGAAUUCAACUUCACUAUUAAAAGAGGAGUCAGCUCAGAAAACACUGUCAGUGUAAAUUAUGAUGACUUUGUGAAUGACGUGGAGGUUGGAGAUAUACUUCUUGUUGAUGGUGGAAUGAUGUCAUUAGCUGUGAAAUCAAAGUCUAAGGAUUUGGUUAAGUGCCAAGUAAUUGAUGGUGGUGAGCUGAAAUCAAGGCGUCACUUGAAUGUGCGUGGAAAAAGUGCAACUCUGCCUUCAAUAACAGACAAAGACUGGGAAGAUAUCAAGUUUGGAGUGGACAACCAAGUUGAUUUCUAUGCUGUUUCCUUUGUGAAAGAUGCUGAAGUGGUCCAUGAGUUGAAAGAUUACCUCAGAAGCUGUGGUGCAGAUAUUCAUGUGAUUGUGAAAAUUGAAAGUGCAGAUUCCAUACCAAAUCUUCAUUCCAUUAUUUCUGCUUCUGAUGGGGCAAUGGUUGCACGUGGGGAUCUCGGAGCUGAACUUCCAAUUGAGGAAGUCCCUUUAUUGCAGGAGGACAUCAUUAGAAGGUGUCACAGCAUGCAGAAACCUGUUAUUGUAGCAACAAACAUGUUGGAGAGCAUGAUUAAUCAUCCUACACCAACAAGGGCCGAAGUUUCUGAUAUUGCAAUUGCUGUAAGAGAAGGUGCUGAUGCAGUUAUGCUUUCUGGAGAAACUGCCCAUGGAAAGUAUCCGUUGAAAGCUGUUAAAGUAAUGCAUACUGUGGCAUUGAGGACUGAGUCUAGUCUACCAACCAGCACAACUCCUCCAAGUCAAACUAUACCCUACAAGAGUCAUAUGGGUACAAUGUUUGCUUUCCAUGCCACCACUAUGGCUAACACUCUUAAUACUCCCAUCAUUGUCUUUACAAGAACUGGAUCCAUGGCUAUAACUUUAAGCCAUUAUCGGCCUUCCUCAACAAUCUUUGCCUUCACUAAUGAAGAAAGAGUUAAGCAGAGGUUGGUGCUUUAUCAUGGUGUGAUGCCUAUAUUUAUGCAGUUUUCAGAUGAUGCUGAGGAGACCUUCUCUCGGGCCCUCAGCAUACUAGUGAACAAGGGCCUAAUGAAGGAGGGAGAGCAUGUGACUCUUGUUCAAAGUGGAGCACAACCAAUCUGGCGUGUUGAAUCUACUCACCACAUCCAAGUUCGUAAGGUCCAAGGUUGAUUUUGUACUUAUGAAGAGGUUUCAUUUUUUGCUUUUUUUUUUUUCUCCUCUUUUUAGUAAUUGGAGUAGCUGGUAUCUCAAUGCAACUUUUGGUUUUGAUUUAAUUAGUAACAAUCAUGUGUUUCGGUUUCUUCUGUAAAAUUGUGAAAUUAGAUGAUGUUCUAAUGAGUUUGAGGAAAGUUUGGUAUUUAUUUGAGAUGUUUUUGAUAGAAUAAUCAUUUGAAUAAUAAAGUUCCAAUAGGAGUAGGCAAUUAUUUA